CACUGUCGGGAGGCAAGCCAGCCGGAAGUGAGCUCUCUCAGGCAGACGUCGCCCUAACUCCUUGGUCUCUGGGUCGUCGGAGAAACAGCCCCAGGGCAGCGUGAGAGUACAACGAGGGGCUGCCCGUAAGCCCGCACCCCGAGUCUUUUCUCGGUCGGCCGGUUGCACGGUGCUUUGCGGCUGCCGUCAAGCGCGGCGGAGGCCGGCCGGGCCGAAGGCGCCAUGGCGGCAGGCCUGCUGCCUAGCGCCAGGGCGGUGCUGGCGCCGCUGUUCUUGGGACUCGCGCUGCUGAGCGUUGGGCCUGCUCCGGCACAGGCUCUACACAAUGUCACGGCCGAGCUCUUUGGGGGUGAGGCCUGGGGCACCCUGGCGGCCUUCGGUGACCUCAACUCCGACAAACAGACGGACCUCUUCGUGCUGCGGGAAAGAAAUGACUUAAUCGUCUUUUUGGCAGAUCAGAGUGCACCCUAUUUUAAACCCAAGGUGAAGGUGUCCUUGAAGAAUUUCAGUGCAUUGGUAACAAGUGUCGUCCCUGGUGAUUAUGAUGGGGACUCACAAAUGGAUGUCCUGCUCACAUAUUUUCCCCAAAAUCAUAGCAACAAUGAAUUAGGAGCUGUUAUCUUCUGGGGACAAAAUCAAACAUUAGAUCCUAAAAACAUGACCAUACUCAAUAGGACUUUUCAUGACCAACCACUGAUUAUGGACUUCAACGGUGAUCUAAUUCCUGAUGUGUUUGCUAUCACAAAUGAAUCCAGCCAGCCGCAGAUACUGUUAGGAGGAGAUUUGUCAUGGCAUCCUGCCUUGACCACUAAGAGUAAAAUGCGGGACCCACAUUCUCAUGCAUUUAUUGAUCUGACUGAAGAUUUUACAGCAGAUUUAUUCCUCACAACAUUGUCUGCCUCUAAUACCUUCCAGUUUGAGAUAUGGGAAAAUUUGGGUGGAAACUUCUCUAUCCAUAGUGUCUUUGAAAAACCUAAAAAUCUGGUGGUGGUUGGACAGUCAGCAUUCGCAGACUUUGAUGGAGAUGGACACAUGGAUCACUUGCUGCCAGGCUGUGAAGAUAAGGACUGUCAGAAAAGUGCCAUUUAUUUAAUGAGAUCAGGAACAGGACAGUGGGCUCCUGUGCUUCAGGAUUUUAGCAAUAAGGGCACACUCUGGGGCUUUGUCCCAUUCGUGCAUGAAGAGCGGCCAACUGCAAUUCCAGUUCCACUCACACUUCACAUUGGAGACUACAACAUGGAUGGCUACCCAGAUGCUCUGGCCAUAUUAAAGAAUACAUCUGGAAGGUAG